GCCCUUUUGACUUCUGGACUUCAACUCCCAGAAUUCCUCAGCCAGCUGCCUGGCUGAGUAAUUCUGGGAGUUGAAGUCCACAAUCAUUAAAGUGCCCACAGACCGCUAUUGUUGAAGUACGUGAGCGCAGGAACGCUCAGGAAAUUGACGUGAAAGAUUUGCCGUUACUCUUCUCAGGCGGGUGAAGCCCGAGUGAACGGACACCCGUUUCUGCCCUCCUGCCAACCGCAGAAGGGGCUGCGGAGGGGCUGGGGGACAUUUGGGACUCUCUCGGUCUUCUUUUGGCUGCCCUCGAGCAGGAGACCCGAUGGAGGCCCAGGGAUCCCCAGGGAUGGAGGCCGCCCUCAGCCCAGAGAUCCACCGCCGGCGUUUCCGCGGUCUCGACGGCUGCCGCCAGGAGGCCGAGGGGCCCCGGGAGCUUUGCAGCCGCCUGCACCGCCUGUGCCGCCAGUGGCUGCGGCCGGAGAGGAGCAGCAAAGGGGAGAUGCUGGACCUGGUGGUGCUGGAGCAGCUGCUGGCCCUGCUGCCCGCGGAGAUGGCGAGCUGGGUGAGGGAGUGCGGAGCCGAGAGCUGUUCGCAGGCGGUGGCCCUGGCCGAAGGCUUCCUCCUCAGCCAAGCCCAGCGGGAAGAGCCGGGAAAGGGGCAGAUUAUGAAUCAGGCGGUUCUUCAAAUGGAGGAGCCAUUCACGGAGGAGAUCUCAGCUGAGCUCCAGGGCAGAGAAGAUCCAUACAGCUCUAUUCAGGAGCUAUUUUUCAGGAGGGCCCAAUUCUGGCCACUUUGCCAGAGCUCUGAUUCCUUUCAGGGGGUGACUGUGGACUUCACAGAUGAGGAGUGGAGUCUGCUAGAUUCUGGCCAAAAGGCCUUGUGCAGAGAAGUCAUGCAGGACGUUUCUAUCAAUAUGGAUACUCUGGAUGAGGUGUUUGUGAAUGAGAAUGACCAGGAAGCAUGCAUGCCUCUAAAAACAUUGGAAAAUAGCUCCUUCGCUUCUACUUCACCAGAGAAACUAUACUGGAAAUGCGAACCACAUACCUCUGUAAUAUAUUUGGUGGCUUCAAACCUGAGCAGAGAGAGGAAAUGGUGCAUGCAGUAUGGAAAGAGUUUCAGUAUGAAAAGUAAUCUUAAUGUCCACCAAAAGAUGCACACCCAGGAGAGACCAUAUAAAUGCAUGGAAUGUGGAAAGAGCUUUACAAAAAAAAGAAAUCUUAAUGUUCAUGAGAGGAUCCACACUGGGGAAAGACCAUAUAAAUGCAUGGAAUGUGGAAAGAGCUUUACUCAGAAAGGAAAUCUUAAUCUUCAUGAGAGGAUGCACACUGGGGAAAGACUGUAUAAAUGUAUGGAAUGUGGAAAGAGCUUUACCCAGAAACUACUUCUUAAAUAUCAUGAAAGGAUCCACACUGGGGACAGUCCGUAUAAAUGCAUGGAAUGUGGAAAGAGCUUUACCCAGAAAAAAAAUCUUAAUCUUCAUGAAAGGAAGCACACUGGGGACAGACUUUAUAAAUGCACAGAAUGUGGAAAGACCUUUACCCAGAAAGCAAAUCUUAAUGAUCACGAAAGCAUCCACACUGGGGACAGACCGUAUAAAUGCAUGGAAUGUGGAUUGACCUUUACCCAGAAAGGACCUCUUAAUCGUCACAAAAGGAUCCACACUGGGGACAGACCGUAUCAAUGCAUGGAAUGUGGAAAGACGUUUACACAGAAAGGUAAUCUUAAUCGUCACAAAAGGAUCCACAUUGGAGACAGACCGUAUAAAUGCAUGAAAUGUGGAAAGACCUUUAGCUGCAAAGAAAAUCUUAAUCAUCACGAAAGGAUCCACACUGGGGACAGACCAUAUAAAUGCCUGGAAUGUGGAAAGAGCUUUAUCCAGAAAGGAAAUCUUAAACUUCAUGAGAGGAUCCACACUGGGGACAGACCAUAUAAAUGCAUGGAAUGUGGAAAGAGCUUUAUUCAGAAAGAACAUCUUAAUCUUCAUGAGAGGAUCCACACUGGGGACAGACCAGUGGAUGCAAAACUAAAUUGGGAAUACCCAGAAGUUGACAAAAUAUAUCUUGAGGGAAAAUAUUAAAGAAGAGGGGGAGAGAGAAACUGUACGGCAACAUAGUAUACCUAGGAAGAAAGGAGUGUGGAGUUUUUGUCAAAUGGGAAGAACCGAGAAAAAAACCCCAAUAUUCUGCCAAGGGACAGGGACAACUGACCAGCAGGAUAACCUUUCUACUCCAUAAAAUAAGAAAAGAGAAAAAUUAAAAUAAUUUUGAAAUUUUAAAAAAGAGUUGUAUUAAUGGCGGUAUAUAAGUCUCAUAAAUAAAUAAAUAAAUGGCCAAUGGGGCUAUAACACUAAUAAACAAGAUGUUAAAAAUUAUAUAGGUGAAACAAUUGCUUAAAAAAUUAGGUUUUCAGAUUGAAUAAAAAGUAAAAUACUUGGGUGUUAA